AGGAGCAGCUGUGUCAGAUCUGGGCCCCCGAACACUUCCAGGGAGUGAUGGAGGGUGAAGGGGUGAGUGAAGACAAGAGCCAGUGGUCGUCCUGUGAGAUCAUCCUCUCCGCAGGGGUUCCCAGUAACCAGGACCAAGACAAAAAGGAGGAGCGGGGGCCAGAGGUGGACUCAGGUUUCAGUGGACUUCAGGAGGUGGAGCAGUCACUUCUCCAGAUCCCAGUAUCACCUCACAUCCACACUCAGAUAUGGCCACCUGCUGAAGUCCAGCACCUGGAGCAGGCCUCCUGGUCACCCAGGGUUCCUCCCCCCAUACCUCAGGCUGACCCCUCAGCCAGUGCCCUCCGCAGCCUCCUCACCAGCCUGCAGCAGCAGAUAGUCCGGCAGAGAGAUGAGUAUGAGCGGAGAAUAACCAGCCUGGAACAGAGAAACGAGGAUCUGAGAGCAGAGGUGGUGCGGCUGAAAACCAACCUCACCCAGCAGCGUGACUGGUACCAGGUGGUGGAAGCUAAGAUCGUAGAGUCUGAGAGAGCGAGAGCCGCCGCCGAACUCCACAAUGCGACGCUGCAGAGGGAGAUGGAGCAGUUCUUCGACACCUUCGGGGAGCUCAACAAAGAGGCCAAGAAAACAGAAUACAUCGUUAAGAGCUUUUGA